CAGAGACCUGGAGCCCCACCUGUCCCUCAUGGCAUUCCACUGCCAUCCCUGUCUGAUGAACUUGACACUCAUCGGCAAGAUGGAGACAUUCGUAGAUGAUACAAGGUUUUUACCUAAAACAAAUAUUUAAGUGAUCAAUAUUUUGCUUCUGGUGUGUCCUGCUUCCUCUUCAAAUUGCCUUCCCCCCCCCCCCCCCCGAAACUCUAUUUGUCUAUAUCAAUACCCCCCAGUGAAAAAAAUGAAUGUCACGCAUGCGUGAAUUUUGCACUAAGUUACAUAAUGUACUUUAUUUUUUCUUUAAGGGGAAAGCAACUAUUAUAUUAAUCAUUAAAGAGCCACGGGACCAUGUAGGACUAUCCAUACGAGAGUCUGUCUGAAUGGCUGUGGGACUAUUGUUUAAAGGCCGACAUAUAUAUUAUAGAAAAUGAGAAGUAAACUCUUUUUUUUUUUUUUUGGUAACACUUGGACCCAUCGGGAAUUUUCUUAAAAGACACGGAUCCGGUGUAAAAAAAAACAACAACAAGAGCACCCAGCUAAGCCCUGGUACAGUGGUUCCCAAAGUGUGGUAUUAUUAUUAUUACUAUUUAGGCAUUUUUGUAUAGCGCUUACCUUACAGCUCUAAGCGCUUCACAAUUAUUAUUAAUAUGUAAACUAUUUAAUCUCCUAAAGUAAAAGAAAAAUGAAAAACCAGUUGGGGGGGGGGGGCACGAGAAGAGUUUGGUUGGGGUACGCGCUGCAAAGAAAAGUUAUAUAUAUAUAUAUAUAUAUAUAUAUAUAUAUAUAUUAUAUAUAUAUGCAUUUUAAUUCAAGUGUAAGCAAUUUUCUUUUUAACGAUGUGUCACAUAUAUAGACAUGAAUAUACGGGAGAUAAGUAAUAUUGGAGCUUUAACUCCAGAAUAUACAGAGUAUUGGGACUUGAGAAAAACAAGCUGUUACGCGCUGACUUGUAGUGGGAGAAAUUAAUUAAUCUCCUAUUUUAAUUUUAAUUUGGCUCGUUGUAAACAGUGCCUAACAAAGGACGAUACCAUAGAGUCAACAAUAUUAAAGAUACGACACCCAAAACAGUUUCUAGUUACAAUUAAUAUCAUUUAUUAAGUCUUAAUAUAAUUACAAAAGAAAAAGAAAAUAUAAUGACAAUCUUCAACUUACAUUAUGGUAGAUCUUGUACCGGUGCACAGUUAACACAGUUAGAAUAAUGUGCCAAUGAAUAAUGGAUGAAAUGCGAAAUAAAAACAUAUGAGUAUGAGCACACAAAUACACAAGGAAUAAUACACACCUCGCAAAGUUAAUAAUAUCUAUCUGAAUCUCCGUCCCUCCGUCCGUGCCUGUCAAUCCCUUAUAUAGGUCGCGUAAGCCCUGCCUUCCAGAAAAACUUAUGACGUUUCUAGAACAAUCAAAUUGAUUCUACAAAAAAACUAUUUGGAACAGAUUAAUUAUUUUUAGUGACUUAUAGUAGUAUCUGUUGGGAUACAGUGACUUAUAGUUGUUUUUGUUGGGACACAGUGGCUUAUAGUUGUUUCUUUUGAAAAAUACAGUGGCUUAUAGUAGUUUCUGUUGGGAUACAGUGACUUAAAGUAGUUUCUGUUGGGACACAGUGGCUUAUAGUAGUUUCUGUUUGGGACACAGUGGCUUAUAAUUGUUUUUGUUGGGACACAGUGGCUUAUAGUUGUUUCUUUUGAAAAAUACAGUGGCUUUUAAUUGUUUAUGUUGGGACACAGUGGCUUAUAGUAGUUUCUGUUGGGAUACAGUGGCUUAUAGUAGUUUCUGUUGGGAUACAGUGACUUCUAGUUGUUUCUGUUGGGACACAGUGGCUUAUAGUAGUUUCUGUUGGGAUACAGUGCCUUAAAGUAGUUUCUGUUGGGAUACAGUGGCUUAUAGUAGUUUCUGUUGGGACACAGUGGCUUAUAAUUGUUUUUGUUGGGACACAGUGGCUUAUAGUUGUUUCUUUUGAAAAAUACAGUGGCUUUUAAUUGUUUAUGUUGGGACACAGUGGCUUAUAGUUGUUUCGUUUGAAAAAUACAGUGGCUUUUAGUUGUUUCUGUUGGGAUUACAGUUGUUUGUUUUGAAAAAUAUAGUGACUUAUAGUUGUUUCUUUUGGGAAACAGUGACUUAUAGUUGAUUCUGUUUGGACACAGUGACUAAUAUUUGUUUCUGUUGGGACACAGUGACUUAUAUUUGUUUCUGUUGGUACAGAGUGACUUAUAUUUGUUUCUGUUGGGACACAGUGACUUAUAGUUGUUUCUGUUGGGACACAGUGACUUAUAUUUGUUUCUGUUUGGUACAGAGUGACUUAUAUUUGUUGCUGUUGGGACACAGUGACUUAUAGUUGUUUCUGUUGGGACACAGUGACUUAUAUUUGUUUCUGUUGGGACACAGUGACUUAUAUUUGUUUCUGUUGGGACACAGUGACUUAUAUUUGUUUCUGUUGGGACACAGUGACUUAUAGUUGUUUCUGUUUGGACACAGUGACUUAUAGUUGUUUCUGUUGGGACACAGUGACUUAUAUUUGUUUCUGUUGGGACACAGUGACUUAUAGUUGUUUAUGUUUGGACACAGUAACUUAUAUUUCUUUCUGUUGGGACACAGUGACUUAUAGUUUUUUCUGUUGAAUACAGUGACUUAUUUAUUUUUUUCUUUUGGGACACAGUGACUAAUAAUUGUUUAUAUUGGGACACAGUUGCGUUUGGUUGUUUAAGUAAAAUUUACCUGGUCAAAAUACUCUUUAAUCGUGUUAAAGUUUUUUUUAAAACCCAAAGUAUUUUUUUUAAAAUCAAAAUAAUAAUAAUAAUAAACAACUCGUUUCUUUUCAGAGAAAUUCUAAACAUCAAAGGUAUACAACUGGAAGACGUCAUCGGCAACGUCAGCAGCUUCGAGGCAACCAGUGAAAUUGGAAUCAUCACAGACAUAUCAUUGAGAACAUUUUCGUAUUUACAGAAUAGGUGAGAGGGGUUCUGAAUCUUUGGCUUAAAACAUGAUUAUAUAAAGGAGCGCUUGUGUUGACAGACACCCAUUGGGCUUUUACCAGCAACGCAGGAAAGUGGCCACAAAAUAUUCUUUAAUCAACAGUCCAAAGAAUGCCCCAUGGGAAAGCUUAUUUAUUUGGCUUCUGAAAAUAAAAUUAAACAUAUUUUCUUUUGAAGCGAGUCUUUCGUUCUUAAAAUUACACAGGAGGCCACAUUUUUGAGAGAGUUAACAAAAAAUACAUCAAAUGUUAGAUAUUUAAUACAAAAGAUUUUUUGCCCCAUUACUAAAGCAUAUGAAUGUUCCGUUCAUAUAAUAAGUCGCAUAACCUUCAGAUUAUACAAGUGCAACAGGAUUAAAAACUAUGUUGUUACUUACUGGCUUCUCUUGUGAGAAAUUAAUCUCUUGUUUUAAGUUAUGGCUCGUUCAAACAGUGCCUAACAAAGGACGAUACCAUAGAUAAAUACAAUAACAAAAUUGCGACACCCAAAACAGUUCAAAUUACAAUUAAUAAGAUUUAAUUUAGUAAUAAUAGAAUUACCAAACAAAAGAAAUAAAUUUACAAAUCAUCAACUUAAAGAGUAUCGGAAAAUCUUGUACCGGGACAAAACUAGUACAAUGAGCCAAUUAAUAAUGAUGAAUGAAGAAUGCGAAUAAACACAUAUGAGCACACAAUUAAUAAUAAUACAAAUGUCACGUAAAGUUCAUAAUAUCUAACUCCGUCUAUCUCAAUCUCCGUCUGAAUCUCUUUCCCUCUCUCCGAAACCCUAUAUUUAUAUUGUGGGUCUACCGACGCGCCCAGAAAUGCCUUUACUUUUCUAAUACAAUCGCGAACAUUCGACAAAACACUACUGAGAGCAAAUUAAUUAUUUUUAGUUGCCGUCGUCAAUAAACACCACAGAUCAAAGACUAAGCCACGCCCAUCUAUGAACGUAGUGUCUCGUGUGGUGUCAACCAGGGUGCGCGCACGAGGAAAGUUUUGUAAACAAGCUCUACAUAACACAUGUAAUAAAGUGUUGUGCUUCCGUUUCUUCUGAAACAAUAACAAAAACUAUAUCAUUUCAUGAUCAGCUACAGAACUGAACCAGGGGGUCAGCACAAAUGCUUUUGAGUGAGGCGUAUUUUUCAUCAAUCUGCUGCGAAAAUAUUCUGUCAUUAUCGCUUCGUUAAAAACAGAGCCGUGUCAAUGCCUUCAGAGACGACCAUGGGGGACCUGGAGACCCCGGGGAGGCAGACUACUGUACUAAACGAGGGGAAAAUAAAUGCGCAACAACUGGAGUCUCAUACCGAUUGUUUAAACGCUAUAACGCUUUUGCUUUAUCUAAACUGUAUAAUUUUUACCUGUGUGUGUGUGUGUGUGUGCGCGCGCAUGCAACAUAAAUAAAUGGGACGUACUCAGCACUACUCUCUCAAUGAAAUAAAAGCAACGAACACCCCCAUACACACACUUUUAUGCCUUCAGUGUUUACAAGUAUUCAAGUUUCUCGUGCUUUUCCCCCAGAGACCUCGGUUGCCUCACUCUCCACAUGGCGCUCACCAGGCUGUGGACAUCAUUUCAAGUGCGCGGAUUGAUCUCCAAAACCUUUCCGCUUCCGUUCCAUGAGUCCUCGGCACCGUAUGACAUCAUACCCAAAUACGUAUUCAUCUCGGAAGCCGUCUCAGCCUUCAAGAGCUCUGGGUCACCGGAAGUGCGUCAUCGACAACGAAGAGAAGCCAUGAUUGAAGCAUACCGGUCGGUUCCACGGGAUACUAUCUCGAUGCUGGAGAAGGCAUUCGCUUUGGAUUGCCUCCUCUUUGAUUACUCCUGUGAGCUUUCCGUGCAGCUAUUAGAGACAGACGCUUCAAUGGUGGGGGAAAUUUAUUUUAAAGAAACAUAGUGGCGAGCGUAGAAGUAGUUAUUCUAACAUCGGACAAUGUUGUCGACAGCUUUCUCACAACA